UCGUUCUCAUUGUCGCUAGCUUGAUUAAAGCAAACGCCAUUGUAACAGGCUGCAUCGACUGCUCUCCUCUGAGUCGAGUUUAACAACAAUAACAGAGGAAACGGGGAGCUAAUCACUCGAGAGUAAAGACAUACUGGUGAAUAAAGACACCUCAAAGAGAAAAAUCUACGUUUCUUCUCCGAACUGCUGUUCCGCUAGCUAGCUAACGGUAUUACGAGAAAUUGGGUGUCAUAGAAAAAAAGAAGUGGAUAUGGAUAAAAUCCUGUGUCACGGUGUAUGUAAUUUUAUGUCCCUAUAUCGAUAUAUAUUUGGAUGUUAUUAACUUUCUGGAAAACCAAUUGAGAUUUUGUUAAAAGGGUUAAUGGAAAAAAUUAUCAGACUGGAAUGUCUUUGGCAAAUCCAGCAAAUUAGAUACCUGAAAAAACAAGGUACUUUAUCACAAUGAUGCAAAACGCAUGUAAAAAUUCAAUAUUACCAUAAAUCAGCCCUGGUAAUUGAUUUUGCAACAUGGCUCAAAAUGGACUAAUACAACCAGAGAUAUUAAAGGGAGAGCUAACACAGUAUAAAUGAUCUAGCAAAGUCAUCUCACAGUAUACAUCAUCGUAUUGCUCACCCAUAAAAAGAAAAUACAAUUUUCUGUUUUUGUAUUUACUUGGUUGGGUCGUACAGUGCCUUCAGUUGCUUCAGAAAUGUGUGUUACAUCAUCUAGCAAGGCUAAACCUGCUGGUGGUUAAGACGAAAUGGGGCGGAUCUUCUUGGAUCACAUUGGUGGGACUCGCCUCUUCUCCUGUGCCAACUGUGACACGAUCCUGACUAACCGGGCUGAACUCAUCUCCACACGCUUCACUGGAGCCACCGGCCGAGCUUUCCUGUUUAACAAGAUAUGUGACUGCUGCCCUCCAGGUUGUGAAUCUGCAGCACAGCGAGGUGCAAGACAGAGUCAUGCUGACGGGAAGACACAUGGUGCGGGACGUCAGCUGCAAGAACUGCAACAGCAAGCUAGGUUGGAUGUACGAGUUCGCAACGGAGGAAAGCCAGCGCUACAAGGAGGGCCGUGUCAUCCUGGAGAGGGCGCUGGUGAGGGAGAGCGAAGGCUUCGAGCACCUUCCCUCUGACAACUCCUGAGUUCACUUCUGUUGCCGUUACGAUGCUCAACCCGUGCAUACUACAGCUUUUCCUCCAGCAGCAGUGCAUGGACUUGCAUGGACAGUGUGCCAUUUGUGAGUAGACCUACACCAAAAUAAUAUCACAGGAUGGGUCUUUGUGGGAAGUUUAAACAAGAAGUGGUGGACAUUUUCCCAUAACUUUAAACAUCUAAGAAUUUCUUCUAUGAUGGGUAAUAAUACCAUUGCUUCUCUACCCAUUUAAAAUCGCCAGCAGUUUCAAUAUGUGCCCAGCAGGCUGUGAUGUCCGUAAAAAUGUGUUGGUGUGGUGGGAUUUUGGCUGCUGUCAGAGGGAGAGAGGAUUCACUCCUGCUGCCCAACAAGAAGCUCAGACAGAUAAACAGAUUGUUACGUAGAGGUUCGAAUAGUCAUUAACGGCAUUGGUGAAUUCUGACCAGUUAAGACUGUUGAUUCUGAUUUAGUGAAAUUAAAUCUGUUUGCAUAAAGAGUUAGUCACUAAGCAGUAUGCUGCAAUACGUUCCUGUCCUGAUAAGUGUUCAGUGUGACACUAUGCCAGAAAUCCUUUAUUUCAAAUAAGUAUUAAGUUACUUUUCUUUAAUGUUAGAUGCACCGAAGUAUUCCCUAGAAUAAAAGAGCAUUAUCAAAGUAAAAAAUCCUGUAAUAUUAAUGUUUAUCAUCUUGAUCAUUUUCUUGAUGUUAUUAUCACUGAACCAGGUAUCAGUUUUGACCUGUUUUGAUAUAUGAUGAUAAAGGUGAUCAGAACAUGUUUCACAGUGAUGGGAAAAAAGGCAACUUUUGUCUUUCGCAUUUCAAUACACUGUUGCUGCAAAAGUUCAUUUUUAGCCAUUUAAUUUAACAGAUUCACAGUGAUUUCUUCUCAAUUACUCAAAUAUUGAAAUUGACUGGUGGCAAUUGGAAAAUUAUUUGAACGAAACAAAUUAUUUGAACAUGUUGAUUUGUUUUCUGUCAAAAAUAAAUACAUUCAAAGAGUA